AUGGGCAUGGACAAUACUGCUAGUAGCCUCGGCCAGGCCCUGAGCAAUGCCCAUCAUACACAGCAUUCACACCCUGAGAAUAAGCCAUCACCGCCAAAUUCCUCUAAAACACCGAGCAUUCGACUACCCACCGAAGAUAUCGGCUACGGCUUCCCCGUUGUCAAUCAUGACCGUGUAUCGCCUACCAGUGCUCGCAGGACGAGUCAAACGCACAAGCUCAACCGUGAUGUAUUCAAACAAAAUGCUGAGCUCCGACCGACUCUUUACGACGGAACGACAAACAUAGAGACGGGCAACAUGCCGCAUGAUCUGCACAUAAAAACUGAUCUACAUCAUCUGCGCCGGAGGUCUUCGGUAGGCUCAGAAGACCAAGAACUGCGCCUGGUGUCCAGCGCUUCGACAGCAAGUCUUGCACGUCGCGUACCGAGCAUCCGCUCGUGGUUGCACUCCACUGCAGGUUCCCUUUCACCAGGAUCAACUAUCUCUUCUCCCCAGAUAGCCGCUAUGCUAGACAUUACUCCACUCCCUUCGCCGAUAAUGGCGCCCCUCGAAAGCUGGAGGGUGCUGGCGCGAACUCGCUCGAGGGCUUCUUCAACGUCCUCAAGAGCCGAACCAUUGGUCAUGAACAUAUCCAGUACUUCGACGAUAUCGCCCUCGUCACCACGGAAGAAAUCAUAUUUUGGGUUACAACCUCCGCUCCCUCGAUCGAGUGGUGAGCGCAGCACAGACGAAGAUGGCUCCCACACACGGAACAGGAGUAUCAGCGAAUAUGUACCUGAACCUAUGCUGCCACAGAAGCCCCGUCAGCAUGCUGUCUCAACCACAGGCCCUCCACCCGAUCUCGACCACAAACCCCCUAAUCUGCAUCGUGAGGAAUAUCUUGGUAAUCAGAGAGGCAUUACCUCGACUGUCCCCAAACAUGAGGUCUCUUCAAACAACGAUGGCGUACACGAUAUUUCUCACACAGAUGAACCACCCAGCAAAAGACCUAAAACAGAGGUGUAUCACGCUACGAGCAUUCAUUCUAGCUUGCCACGAGCGUACGAAAAAGUAAAGCUGCUAGGUCAGGGAACGUUCAGUAAAGUCUUUCUUGCUGUGCGAAUGGUGGUCGAUAAGAAGGAAAGCGUUGAUUAUCGACAGGAAAGCACAAACAUGGCAGGAGUCCGAGCACGAUCCCGAAGGUUAGUUGCGGUGAAAGUAGUUGAGCCAGGUCCAGCUGGUGGUGCGGACGCCGAUCGAAUUGAAGUCUCUUUGAAACGGGAGGUCGAGCUUAUGAAAGUAAUCCAGCAUCCCUCCAUUGUGCAUCUCAAAGCCUUUGGCACUACCUCAGAUGGCCGAGCUCUGCUGGUCAUGAACUACUGUCCUGGUGGUGACCUUUUCGACCUGACCAGUAACCAAAGUGAAGUGUUGACCCCAUCCUUGAUCCGACGGAUCUUUUCCGAGCUAGUCUCUGCGGUCCGUUAUUUGCACCAGAAAUUCAUCGUGCACCGCGAUAUCAAACUCGAAAAUGUUUUGCUCAAUAUUCCAGUUCAAGUCCACAGCGACAUCGAAGAUUGGCAAAGCCUCGAUCGUGCCACAGUCACAUUGACAGAUCUAGGUUUAUCACGAACUAUACCACCUCCACCAGAAAGUCCUCUGUUAGAGACAAGAUGUGGUAGUGAGGAUUAUGCGGCUCCUGAAAUUCUCAUGGGCCAACCGUAUGAUGGACGACAAACUGACGCUUGGGCUUUAGGCGUGCUCUUGUAUGCAUUGAUGGAAGGGCGAUUGCCAUUCGACCCUCUACCUGGAGUGCGUGGUGAUCCAGCUGUACUCAAGGCGCGCACACCACACCGUAUAGCCCGAUGUGAAUGGGGCUGGGUCCGUUACGGAGACCAGGAUAACGAAUGGGAUCCAGAAAAGGGCAAAGAGCUGGAAGGAGCCAAAAAGUGUGUGGAAGGCCUCCUGAGGAGGAAUACACGACGUACACCACUGUCUGAAAUUCGAGAGUUACCGUGGGUUAAAGAUGGAAUACAAAUCGACGGCGGCCUCAGAUGGGUCGAAGAGAGUUGA